ACAUUGGUCCGUCAAUGAAGUUAAAAGCUAAAACCAAUUAUUAAAUUAUACCUAUAAACUACAUUCACGUAAAAAAGCCUCAGGUAAAUAGUAUGCCAUUGUGCACAAGUCAGCCGUCCAGGUUCUUUCUUAGCGUUAAGAAGACGUUUACCAGUAUUUUUUAGUAAUAGUAACACGCGUUCACAGAACAUAAUCAAAACGACAUUAAAAAGAAGAACUAAAUUUUCAUGUCGGACAUGCUUUGACCUACGGUUUGAUCGAUCCGUUUCAGCAACAGUGUGUGUACAGACAUCGAAACGCGAUAUUAUAAUAUAAUACGGCCGCGAAGAUGAACGCGUCCUGGUGCAUUGUGACAAUAGCGAUUGGCGUGCUGACGUUGGGACGGUACUGCCUUCACGGUGCGGACGGCGCUCGAAUCCUGGCCAUGAUGCCGAUCGCGGCCAAGAGCCAUUGGAACGUGGUGGACUCGGUGUUGCAGACGCUAGUGGCCCGCGGACACCACGUCACGGCCAUCACGCCGUUCCCCAAGAAGUCGCGGGUGGCCAAUUACACGGAAGUGGACAUGUCCGGUCUGAUGCCGUCGGGCGUGAGCGUGCCUUGGGACACGGUGAUGGGCGAAUGUUCGGUGCACAACAACCUGCCGUUUCUCUCGGGUCGUCACAAGGAUAUGUGCAGGACGGUGUACGAGCACGACGAAUUCUGGCGCAUCAUCACAACGACUAAAUUCGACUUGUUUAUCACCGAACUACUAGCUUCGUCAUGUGAUGCAUAUGUGUCGUAUUAUUUAAAAAUACCGCAGAUAGUCAUUGUCUCGAGCCAUGUUCAUACAUGGUACCAUCAUACGUUCGGUAGUCACAUGAACCCUGCGCACGUUUCCACGUAUCACGCAUCGUACGCAGUGCCCACAAAUUUCAUACAGAGAAUGAUGAACACAUACGAUUACUUGUACUCACACAUGGUGUUCAAGUGGGUCGACAGGGAAUCAACGGUCAUCGGUAGAAAAUACUUCGGUCCUGACGCACCAGAUGCUGAUACCUUGAUGAAAAAUACGUCAUUAGUAUUCGUCAACGGGCAUUAUACCGUAGACUUAGCAAGGCCACUGUUGCCUAAUUUUGUGAAUAUAGGUGGAAUACAUUUAGUAAAGCCAAAACCACUACCUGAAGAUAUUGAACAGUAUAUCAAUGAUUCCCCAAAUGGUGUUAUAUUCUUUACGUUAGGAUCUGUAAUUCGAUUGGAAACAGCACCAGCGUAUUUACAGAAAACUUUCGUUGAAGCAUUGAGAGAAAUACCUCAAAGGGUUCUGUGGAAAUACGACGUUCCAAACAUAGAAGAUUUGCCAAAAAAUGUUAAAAUAGGAAAAUGGUUUCCCCAAAGAGACAUAUUAGAACAUAAGAAUGUAAAACUGUUUAUAUCUCACGGUGGUAUGUCUGGGAUCUACGAAGCCAUAGAUAGUGGAAUACCUGUACUUGGUAUACCUCUAUUUUUUGAUCAAUCACACAAUAUUGCUAACAUAGCUCAUUGGGGUGCAGGCAUAAUGUUAGAUCAUAAAACGUUGACCAAAGAUAUAUUCUUAAAUGCCAUCAACGAAAUUAUGACUAACUAUGACAAAUACAAAUUAAAAGCGAUGGAACUUUCUAGAAGAUUUAAAGACCGACAGAAUACACCAAAAGAAGAAAGGCACAUACUCGUAUGUUUAUAUAGUAAAAUGUUUCGAAUGAAUUUUACCGUAGUUUUUUUAAAUGUAUACUUUAUAACGAAUGUUGUUUAUGGAGCUCAAAUAUUCGCUUUCGUACCGAUAUAUGGACAGAGUCAUUGGAACGUCAUGGACGCUGUAUUACAAACUCUCGUUUCUGCUGGCCACAAUGUUACUGUCAUAACCCCCUUUAUAAAAAAAGAAAAAAUUGAAAACUAUACUCAGAUAGAUUCGUCUUUCUACAUGACACGAUCGGCGUCGGCACCCUUUAAGAGAGUUGCUGGAUCUGAUGGUAUUCAAUAUUUAAUCAAAACACAUCUCACUGCAUGUGAAGCUAUUUAUAAGCGUAAAGAUUUCUGGACCGUGCUCGAAUCGAAAAAAUAUGACCUUUUCGUCACACAGUUGUUGGGCUCAGGCUGUGAUUCGUAUAUAGCCUAUAAACUGCAAGUUCCGAUGAUUGCCGUUACAACAUCUGCUAUGCCAACAUGGUUAAACGGCGAGUUUGGAAAUCCUUUGAUUACUUCGUACACGUCCACGCUAAACGUAGCUUUGGCGAGUCCUAAAAUAUUUUGGGACCGUUUUUUAAACACUUACGAUUACCUACAUUCGAUUAGUAAAAGUUGGUGGUACAAUCGCGAAGCAACGGUAAUAGGAAGAAAUUAUUUUGGCAAAGACGUGCCGGAUUCUUAUACAUUAAUGGAAAAAAUAUCAUUAGUAUUCAUCAACAGUCAUUUUUCUUUCGACCUACCCAGGCCUUGGGUACCAAAUCUCAUAGAAAUCGGAGGUAUUCACGUAACUGAUCCCAAACCAUUACCAAAAGAUAUUCAACUAUUUAUUGACAACGCUCCAGAAGGGGUAAUAUAUUUCUCAUUUGGUUCCACUGUAAAAAUGGAUUCGCUUCCAACGAAAAUGCAAAUUUCGUUACAAGAGGCAUUUUCUGAACUACCACAACGGAUAUUAUGGAAGUAUGAUGGUGAGGUAAUGGAAAACCAACCAAACAAUGUUAUGAUCAAAAAAUGGUUUCCCCAAAGGGACAUAAUGGCACAUUCAAAAUUAAAAUUAUUUAUUUACCAUGGUGGUUUAUCUGGUAUAAAUGAAGCCAUCAUCAAUCAAGUACCAAUACUUGGCAUUCCAUUAUUUAGUGAUCAACAUAGAAACAUGGCGAACGCAGUAUUCAUGGGAAUGGGAUUAAGUCUAGACUAUAAAACAUUAGAUAAGCAGUCAGUUCUAACUGCAGCUAAAGAAAUAAUCAACAACAAAAAGUACAAACAAAAUGUUAAAAAGUUGUAUCAGACAUUUAAAGAUCGGCCAAUGUCUCCAAAUGCGCUAGUUACAUAUUGGACCAAUUAUGUCAUUAACCAUAAUGGAACUGAACACAUGAAUUCAUCAUCAAACAAAAUGAUUUGGUAUCAAUAUCAUAAUUUAGAUAUUAUAUUGGUCAUAAUAUUAGUUUCAAUAAGUUUAUUAGUCAUUGCAUUGUAUGCUUUAAUAAUAAUUACACGUUCUAUUGUAAAAUAUUUUCAUUUGAAACAAAUUAAAAUUGAAUAAUGACAUUUCAAUAAAACAGUUUAAACCUUGUUAGUUACCAA